AUGAAGCUAUGUUUGGUGUAUACUUUGACUUUAUUUACAAAUUGCGCGAGUAAAGCUGUUCAACUACCAAAAGUGGACAGACACCAAUCACCUCUGGAUGGGCCUGAGGGCAGUGGCGAUGCGGUGGAGCCAACGUUUUGGGCAUACGGAAGUGAAUACGGAGCUGAGCCUCCUUCUUGCAAAUCUGUCUGUGUAACCAAGGUUCUCGAAGUGCUAACAGUUUAUUUCCGAUCUGGCAGUUUCAAAGAAAACAUGCACAGGGCGUGUAGAGCCUAUGAUGAUGCAGUUACUUGUAUGCUACACCACAGACAUUGCGGCACCGAAACGAUGUUUGAAUCGCUCACGAGUGGCUUACGGUACAUGUGCAAGGAUCAGGAAGACGCUUUUAAUGCUCUGGCCGAUUGCAUAGAUGAGAACAGUGGUCGCGUUAGACAAGACUGCGAUCUUCAAUGCCACCCAAACUCUUUGGCUACUGGAAUAGCCUUGAAAGAUACUGUAAUGAAUCAGCUUGAACAUCCAUUGGUCAGCAAGAGGGUGAACAUGCGACGAAUCAUCGAACCACAUAUGAGCCGCUUCUUCUUCAGUCAAGGCUGCAAGUAA